ACCACCUCCGUCCCACGUCUUCUCCGCCAGCUCUGCGCUCGGCCCUCGCGCUGCCACUCUUCUGCGCGGCAGUAUGGCCACCUUCCAGCCGCUCUCCACCGGCUCCGACCGCUGGGCGCCCGACGAUGCCGCGCCCUCCUCCUCGCGUCCGCGCGGCGGCCUCGGCCUCGGCGCGGGCGCAAGCAGCAGCCAUGCUGCGCUGCUGCGGUCUCCGCCACUCUCGCCCAGACGACACGCCCAGCCUCUCUCCGGGCUUGCGCUGCCUCCGCCGCGCUCCCUGCACUCCGCUCUCGGCGCCGCAGCAGGACCCAGCGCUCGUCUGCGCGACCCUACGGCGCGCGCUGCACCGGCGCACGCGCGGCCACGCCAGCCUGCGCCGCGCCAGGGUGCCUGGGCAUGGCUCACCAACGUGCUGCCCAAUCCCUCUGCUGCAGCAGACGAGGAUGAGCACACCUCCCUGCUCGGCGGCGGGCCCCGUCUGCGCACCGGCCCUGGUCUGCGUCGUACGCAUCUGCCACGCGAGCCCAGCUCCACUGGCCUCGCUUCAGCCGCCGGUCCACGACCACGUUGGAAGGAUGCCUUUCGUCCCGAAGCACGCACCGUGGAGCGCUGGCUCGACUCCUUCUGGCGCCGCUGGCUCGUGUUGGCCGUGGCGCCAAGUCUGGUCGUGUGGGCGUGGUGCGCCAUGCCGUUCCCAAAGACGGAUCCGUACGACAAGAAUGCGCCGUGGUGCGAUCCCGAUAGCUCCUCGCCCGACGCACCUUGGUGCAGGACACCGACACAUGGCGAAUAUGGCUCCUCGACCACAGACGCAAACUUCUGGUUCUUCCUCUUCUUCUACUAUGGCAUCUACGUUGCGGUCGCGCUCAUCUACAUCACACAACUCUUCUCGCUCUACCGCCUCAACUGGUGGCCCGCCGCGCUGGGUGCCAAGACGUCGUACGCCAUGUUCUGGCUGCUCUCUCUCGCCUCGGGCUACACGCUGCACUCUCUGCGCCUCGACUCGCUCGGCACGCGCCGGCCGGGCAGCUGGCUGCCGGGCUGGGGACACGAGGGUCAUCGCGGUGAUAACGACAACGACGACGUGCAGUGGCAGCGCAAGACGCUCUGGGUCGGCCUGGCGUUUGCUACGAUGGCCAUGCCUGCGUUUGUCUGUCUUGCUGGCUUGAGAAGAAGCGGGCGACAGAACUACCGCCAUAGCUUGACGCACACGCAGAAAACGUUCCUGGAGCGUCAACUCGCGCGUCGCAUCCCGGCGUCAUACACGCGCUUCCUCUGGUUCAGCGGCACGAUCGGGCUGGCCUUGGUGGCGCUGCUCGCGGGCCAAGGCUAUGCGAGCGUCUAUCUCUCGACGCUGCCGCACACGGGCCUCGACGGCACGGCCUACGUCAUGUUCUGGACGAUCAACGUCAAUGUCCUCAUGCUGCUGUCGCAGUGGAUCCUGGAGGAGAGAGUGCGGAGCAGAGCAUUGCAGUUUUGCUUCAGGUACUACUAUUUCAUGGUCUACUUCAUCUUCUACCGCAACCUCUUUGCGCGUCUGCGCUCCUUCGACCAGUUUGCCCUCGUGCAGCUCAUGAGCUCCUUCUGGGUCUGCAUCUGGUAUCCCUUCAGCAUGACGAGUCUCUGUCAUCGAGUCGUACAAUAUUUCAACCCGGACCCCAAGUCGUGGGAGGAGUACGUCGAGGGCGUCGGCAUUGCAUUCUACCUGCGCAACCUGGCGCAGAACACCACCAUGCUCGCCUUUCUCGGCUGGGUCUCGAUUCUGCACUUCGGCAAGAACCAGCACCUAUACCCCUUCUUCGCCUUCGACGACGCGCGCGAUCCCUACAACUACCAGCUUACCAUUCUCGGCUCGCUCGCCAUCUGGGCGUCGGAGCUCUCCAGCUCCUGGGUGGCGCGCACGCUCUGCCUGCUCUGCUUCGACGUCGACGUCACCAACCUCGGCCUCGACGAGAUGCGCGCGCAUCCCGAGCUCGUCACGAGCGUCGUGUGGACGAGCGUGCAUGUGCUGCAAGACUGCCUGCUCUUCCUCAUCAAGCUCAACUUCCGCUAGCCACCUGCUUCCCCCGUCACACGCCAUGUAGAACCCUUACUCUCAACUGAUACCCU